AUGCCCUUUCAGCCUGAGGCCACCAACGGUUCAUUCACCGUUGACACAUACCCCAAUCCGAACCACGCUGCCCAUGGUCCAACAGCGAUGUACAAAGCGUUCCUCAAGUACGGCAAGACACCUCCACCGGAGCUUGUUAAGACUGUCAAGGACUACCGGGCAUCAAGAAAGGUCAAGCGUGUGUCUGGCAGUGCCACAACAACGCCUGAAGACCAGGAUGAGGCUUGGUUGACUCCUGUUCAGAUUGGUACACCAGCACAAACUUUGAACCUCGACUUUGACUCUGGUUCCUCUGACCUGUGGGUUUUCAGUACCUCGACCCCUGCUUCUGAGUCCCGUGGCCACACGACGUAUGCUCCGGGCAAGAGUAGCACUGCCAAGCUCAAGUCUGGUUACUCUUGGACCAUUUCGUAUGGUGAUGGGAGUUCGUCGUCCGGCACCGUGUAUAACGACAAGGUGACUGUGGGCGGUGUCACUUUCGCGUCUCAAGCUGUCGAAGCUGCUACCAAGGUUUCUACUGAGUUUAGUGAGGAGACGAACCUUGAUGGCCUUCUGGGUCUUGCUUUUAGCUCCAUCAACUCUGUUCGUCCAAGCGCUCAGAAGACCUUCUUCGACAACAUCAAGUCUAGUUUAGACCAACCUCUCUGGACCGUCGAUUUGAGGCACUCUGCUCCCGGUACUUACAACUUCGGCAAGAUCGACAACUCUCUGUACACCGGUGAGAUCGCAUACGCCACUGUCAACUCCCGCGAGGGUUUCUGGACAUUUACGGCAACUUCUUACAGUGUCGGCAGUGGUGCAUCGGGUGGAAGUAUCACCGGUAUCGCUGACACUGGCACAACGCUGGCUCUUCUCCCUGCCGCUGUGGCUAAAGCAUACUACGCCAAGGUUACUGGUGCAACCUACAAUAAUGCUCAAGGUGGCUAUGUAUUCUCCUGCAGUGCGACUCUGCCCGACUUCACCUUCACUGUUGGUGGUGCUGAUAUCACUAUUCCGGGUGAUUACAUCAACUACGCCCCUUUGACAACUGGGAGUAAAACUUGCUUUGGUGGCAUCCAGGGCAACACCGGCAUUGGCGAGGUCAUCUUUGGCGAUAUCGCCUUGAAGUCAGCCUUUGUUGUCUUCGAGAAUUCCGGCAACACGGCUCGUAUUGGCUGGGCUAAGAAGGACCUGAACUAG